UGAGUUCAGAGCGAGAAGCUCGGAGGCUGAGGGCAGGCGGCGCCCCUCUUCCUCUGCCCCCUAGGUGCCCUGAGGGUUACUUAGAGGGGCUCCUGCUGUGGAAGAAGAGGAAGAGGACGGAGGAGAAACCCGGGAACUGGAGGGGUGGCAGGGAGGCAGGCAGCGGGGCAGGCAAGGCACAGCCCUGGAGCCUGAACCCAGGCCUCGCCUGUCUCAACACCAGCCAGCCUCCCUCUCCUGGCCUGGCAGGGGCCACCCUCAGGGGCCUCUUCCUUCUUUUGGAGGGAGGGAGGGAGGGAGGGAGGCAGCCCUGGCAGGCAGGGGCAAGACUAAAAGUAGGAGCAACAGCCCCCCAAAAACCCUCCUAAUCCUCCUCCUGACCCCAGAAGGCCAGAGGUCAAGGCAGUGGGCGCCAUGUCUCCUUGGAGCCCCCUGGGCAGAGGCGGAGGUGGCCCUCAUCCUGCCAGCAGCCUCCCUUGGCUAUGAGGAUGGGCAGCGGUGGGUCCUCUGGCCGGGAGGAGCGGCUGCCUUCGGCAGCCGAGGAGCAGCUGAGCGGCGGGGAUCAGAUGCUGGAGCUCUCUGGGCGCUACCUGAAGAAGCUGCCCGCUCCGGUGUGUGCCCUGAGCGCCCUGCAGAAGCUUUACAUCAGCGGCACAGGGAUCACAGAGCUGCCCGAAGAAAUCGAGGGCCUGCAGGAGCUGCGCAUCCUGGCCCUGGACUUUAACAAGUUGGAGGAGGUGCCCGAGGCACUGUGCCGCCUGCCCCACCUGACCCGCCUCUACCUGGGCAGCAACCGCCUCUUUGGACUCCCCACCGAUUUCUGCCAGCUCAAGGCGCUGCGUUGUUUGUGGAUAGAGAGCAACUACCUGUACCACUUUCCCCGGGUCCUGCUCCAGAUGCCUGGCUUACAGUCCUUGCAAAUGGGGGACAAUCGGCUCAAAACUCUGCCCAGUGGCCUGCCGCGCAUGAGGGGACUCCGGGGACUCUGGCUGUAUGGGAACCGCUUUGAGGAAUUCCCAAAGCCCUUGCUGCGCAUGACCCAGCUUCACAUCCUUGACCUCGACCGCAACAAGCUGACAGAAUUUCCUGACUUGAGUCACCUGCGGAGGCUUAAGCUCUUCUCAUAUGACCACAACCCGGUGGAAGCCCCACCGAACGUGGCCGACAGCGUGGUGGUGGUGGGUGAGGGGGCUCAGGAGUUCAUGGAGGCCCGGGAGGAACGGCUCCAGGCCCUACGGGAGCAGGAAGAAAAAGAGCAGGAGGAGAUCGAGUCUGAAGUUCUGCAAGCCAACUUGAAAAACGACUCUUCCAUGUUGGAUGAUGGCGAAGGCAGCUUUUCGGCCCUGGAAUGCUCUCCAGAGGAAACAUGAAACAGGAUGUAUUACAUGGUUGCUGCUCCUAAAAUAAAAUAUCUGGUGGAUAUUGAAAUGCUUUUGAAUUUACAUAUACCCUUCAGAGAAUUAAGAGCUGGGUACUGUCAGUGGGCUCAGAAACCAUGGUUUUGGAGGCAGGAUCUUGAGCAACUGUUGAAUGUGGCAGUUGCCAGUCCGUUGCAUAGGACACAGGACAGCUAAUCUCAACUCAUGUAACUGUAUCGAACUACAGAUAACUUCAUGCCUUGUGAACAACCUUCCUAAUUCCAGGAUAUGAGGGACGGGGUGGGUGGUAUGGAUAAGGGACAGUGGAUAAUUCCAUUGUACCCAGUCUUUGAAACGGCAGUCGUUUAUUGCCAACUGAAGGCAUGGAUAAUGGUCACAUUGUGGUGGAAACAAGAGUAUUGAAUUAACAUUAAUUUUGUGGCAGGCAGGUAAUUCUGGGCGAUCCUAACACUGGUUGCUUGACAUGCUACAGUGAGUCUCGGCAACAAGACAGGAUGAAGCCAUCAUGUUUAUUUAUUUACCCACCUACCCCACAUCUUGAACCUGGAGUCCUGGCAGGGGUGGAGGAGCUGCUGACUUGGGAGUGUGAAUGUAAAAUCUUCUUUUAUCCCAGGAAUUUUAACCUUCUACUGGAAUUAGACUUGGAGAAAAGCUCCCCCGAUGGCUCCUCCCGGCUCUUAGGUUUGAAGUCUUGUUUGUGCAGAGAACGAUCCAUCCCAGAAAGUGCUUUGCCUGCGCUCUUUGUAUGGUGGGAAAGGAGCUGUGCGUGUUGCCUUCCUGCUUUCCUGAACUUUCUAUUCCCUUAAAAGGACACAGAAGCAAAACUGAUAUGACCUGGGCCAUUGCAGACUUGUGUGGGUCUUGGAUAGAAGGGUGGCAGCUACAGGGCUUUCCCCUAUCUUGGAGGGUGGCAGGUUAAUUGGGUGGGGUGGGGGGUUCUCAGGCUAGAUUUGUAGGAAAUCUAAGCAAUAAAAUCACAGAAGGCUGAGAGAGAGCUGAAGUGGGAGCAGCAGAGAGGGACACAAAUUCUCAGGGAGAUUGCUUCAGAAGCAGGAGACCAAAGCUGCUGGGUGGGUUGGGGCUAUUUUUAGAGUGUUGUAAAUGAAAUUAUAACACCUGGUGAAAGCAAACAAAUUUCUCAGGCAUUUGUGUUAUUUAUAAAAAUCCUCUCUUUUCUUCUGAUUUCUAAACAAAGCCUCAUUUGUUUGUGCUUCUUUCUUUCUCAGUCUGUUUCUUUUUCAUUUCUUCUCCUGCUUCCCCUCUUUUUCUGUUUUUGCUCUCCACUCCUGUUCUCCUCCCCUCCAUAGCUAACCAUCACUGCUUCCUUUCUCCUUUGGUCCAGCGCACAUCUUUUCUUCAACUGAGAACUGAUUCCACUGCGCUUAGUCUCAUAUCUACAUUGCCAUGACAUGCUACCCAAGCACUACCAAAAUGAACAUCUUGGUGUUGGAUUAGUUUCAGAGAAAUAAUGUAUGUGAUAGCUGUCCAUUUUAUUGCAAAAGACAGAGAUAGCCAUGUAAGCCAUAAGAAAAAUUCCAAAUUCUAUAUACAGUAUAGGUGAUACCUAUAUUC